CUCAGCCCCUCGAGGGCUGAGGCUCCCGUGAUGCGCGGCCCCGCAGGACCCGAGCGCCUCGGCCCGAGGCCCCGGCGCGUCAUGCUGCUGCCACGUCUGAGCCCGCGGGCUCCGCCGCUGCUGCUGAUCCUGCUGCUGCUGCUGCUGUGGGGCGCGCCCCGGGCGGGCGGGGGUCCACAGCCCCCUUUCCGCACCUUCACUGCCAGCGACUGGGCGCUGACCCACCUCGUGGUCCACGAGCAGACGGGGGAGGUGUACGUGGGCGCCGUGAACCGCAUCUACAAGCUGUCGGGGAACCUGACGCUGCUGCGGGUGCACGUGACGGGCCCAGUGGAAGACAACGAGAAGUGCUACCCGCCGCCCAGCGUGCAGUCCUGCCCGCACGGCCUAGGCAGCACCGACAACGUCAAUAAGCUGCUGCUGCUGGACCAGCCCGCCAACCGCCUGCUGGCCUGCGGCAGCGCGUCACAGGGCAUCUGCCAGUUCCUGCGCCUGGACGACCUCUUCAAGCUGGGCGAGCCGCACCACCGCAAGGAACACUACCUGUCGGGCGUGCGCGAGGCGGGCAGCAUGGCCGGCGUGCUGAUCGCCGGGCCGCCCGGCCAGGCGCAGGCCAAGCUCUUCGUGGGCACACCCAUCGACGGCAAGUCCGAGUACUUCCCCACGCUGUCCAGCCGCCGGCUCAUGGCCAACGAGGAGGACGCAGAGAUGUUUGGCUUCGUGUACCAGGAUGAGUUUGUGUCCUCGCAGCUCAAGAUCCCCUCAGACACGCUGUCCAAGUUCCCGGCCUUCGACAUCUACUACGUGUACAGUUUCCGCAGUGAGCACUUCGUGUACUACCUCACGCUGCAGCUGGACACGCAGCUGACCUCGCCUGACGCGGCCGGCGAGCACUUCUUCACGUCGAAGAUCGUGCGGCUGUGCGUGGACGACCCCAAGUUCUACUCCUAUGUCGAGUUCCCCAUCGGCUGCGAGCAGGCGGGCGUGGAGUACCGCCUGGUGCAGGACGCCUACCUGAGCCGGCCGGGCCGGGCCCUGGCACACCAGCUGGGCCUGGCCGAGGACGAGGACGUGCUGUUCACCGUGUUCGCGCAGGGCCAGAAGAACCGCGUGAAGCCGCCGCGGGAGUCCGUGCUGUGCCUCUUCACGCUCAGGGCCAUCAAAGAGAAGAUCAAGGCGCGCAUCCAGUCCUGCUACCGCGGCGAGGGCAAGCUCUCGCUGCCCUGGCUGCUCAACAAGGAGCUGGGCUGCAUCAACUCGCCCCUGCAGAUUGACGACGACUUCUGCGGGCAGGACUUCAACCAGCCCCUGGGCGGCACGGUCACCAUCGAGGGGACGCCCCUGUUCGUGGACAAGGACGACGGCCUGACCGCCGUGGCCGCCUACGACUACCGGGGCCGCACGGUGGUGUUCGUGGGCACGCGCAGCGGCCGCAUCCGCAAGAUCCUGGUGGACCUCUCGAACCCCGGCGGCCGGCCGGCGCUGGCCUAUGAGAGUGUGGUAGCCCAGGAGGGCAGCCCCAUCCUGCGUGACCUGGUACUCAGCCCUGACCGCCGGUACCUGUAUGCCAUGACAGAGAAGCAGGUGACACGGGUGCCUGUGGAGAGCUGCGUGCAGUACACGUCGUGUGAGCUGUGCCUGGGGUCCCGGGACCCCCACUGUGGCUGGUGUGUCCUGCAUAGCAUUUGCUCCCGCCAGGAUGCCUGCGAACGGGCCACAGAGCCCCAGCGCUUCGCCGCGGACCUGCUGCAGUGCGUGCAGCUGAGCGUGCAGCCUCGCAACGUGUCUGUGACCACGUCUGAGGUCCCGCUCGUGCUGCAGGCCUGGAACGUGCCCGACCUCUCGGCUGGCGUCAACUGCUCCUUCGAGGACUUCAUCGAGUCCGAGGGCGUCCUGGAGGGUGGCCGGAUCCACUGCCGCACCCCUUCCGCCCGGGCGGUGGCACCCAUCACGCGGGGUCAGGGAGACCAGCGGGUGGUCAAGCUCUACCUGAAGUCCAAGGAGACGGGCAAGAAGUUCGCGUCCGUGGACUUCGUCUUCUACAACUGCAGCGUCCACCAGUCAUGCCUGUCCUGCGUCAGCGGCUCCUUCCCUUGCCACUGGUGCAAGUACCGCCACGUGUGCACGCACAACGCCGCCGACUGCUCCUUCUUGGAGGGCCGUGUCAACGUGUCUGAGGACUGCCCGCAGAUCCUGCCCUCCACCCAGAUCUACGUGCCGGUGGGCGUGGUGAAGCCCAUCACCCUGACCGCCCGAAACCUGCCGCAGCCGCAGUCGGGCCAGCGGGGGUAUGAGUGCUUGUUCCACCUCCCUGGGGGCCCGGCCCGCAUCGGCGCUGUGCGCUUCAACAGCUCCAGCCUGCAGUGCCAGAACUCCUCGUACUCCUACGAGGGCAACGACGUCAGCGACCUGCCUGUGAACCUGUCCGUGGUGUGGAACGGCCACUUCGUCAUCGACAACCCCCAGAAUAUCCAAGCCCACCUGUACAAGUGUCCCGCCCUGCGGGAGAGCUGCGGCCUCUGCCUCAAGGCCGACCCUCGCUUCGAGUGCGGCUGGUGCGUGGCCGAGCGCCGCUGCUCCCUGCGUCCCCACUGCCCCGCGGACUCGCCUGCGGAAUGGAUGCAUGCCCGCCACGGCAGCAGCCGCUGCGCAGACCCCAAGAUCCUCAAGCUGUCCCCUGAGACGGGCCCGCGGCAAGGCGGCACGCGGCUCACCAUCACAGGGGAGAACCUGGGGCUGCGCUUCGAGGACGUGCGGCUGGGUGUGCGCGUGGGCAAGGUGCUGUGCAGCCCGGUAGAGAGCGAGUACAUCAGCGCAGAGCAGAUCGUCUGUGAAAUUGGGGAUGCCAGCACCGUGCGGGCCCACGACGCCCUGGUGGAAGUGUGCGUGCGGGACUGCUCCCCUCGCUACCGCGCCCUGUCGCCCAAGCGCUUCACCUUUGUGACGCCAACCUUCUACCGCGUGAGCCCUGCCCGCGGGCCCCUUUCCGGGGGCACCUGGAUUGGCAUCGAGGGCAGCCACCUGAACGCGGGCAGCGACGUGGCCGUGUCAGUAGGCGGCCGGCCCUGCUCCUUCUCCUGGAGGAAUUCCCGGGAGAUCCGGUGUCUGACGCCUCCCGGGCAGAGCCCAGGCAGUGUUCCCAUAGUUGUCAACAUCAACCGCGCUCAGCUCACCAACCCCGAGGUCAAGUACAACUACACCGAGGACCCCACCAUCCUGAGGAUCGACCCUGAGUGGAGCAUCAACAGUGGAGGGACCCUUCUAACAGUCACGGGCACCAACCUGGCCACUGUCCGUGAACCACGCAUCCGAGCCAAGUACGCCGGCGUUGAGAGGGAAAACAGCUGCCUGGUGUACAACGACACCACCAUGGUGUGCCGGGCCCCAUCAGUGGACAACGGCGUGCGCAGCCCGCCUGAGCUUGGGGAGCGACCGGACGAGCUGGGCUUCGUUAUGGACGACGUGCGUGCUCUGCUGGUGCUCAACACCUCAUCUUUCCUCUACUACCCGGACCCUGUGCUGGAGCCGCUCAGCCCCACCGGCCUGCUGGAGCUGAAGCCCAGCUCGCCGCUCAUCCUUAAGGGCCGCAACCUGCUGCCGCCAGCGCCCGGCAACUCUCGCCUCAACUACACGGUGCUCAUCGGCUCCACACCGUGCGCCCUCACCGUGUCCGAGACCCAGCUGCUCUGCGAGUCCCCCAACCUCACCGGGCAGCACAAGGUCACGGUCCGGGCCGGCGGCUUCGAGUUCUCGCCAGGGGUGCUGCAGAUGUACUCGGACAGCCUGCUGACACUGCCCGCCAUUGUGGGCAUCGGCGGAGGUGGGGGCCUACUGCUGCUGGUCAUCGUGGCCGUGCUCAUCGCCUACAAGCGCAAGUCGCGGGAUGCCGACCGCACCCUGAAGCGCCUGCAGCUGCAGAUGGACAACCUGGAGUCUCGUGUGGCCCUGGAGUGCAAGGAAGCCUUUGCGGAGCUACAGACGGACAUCCACGAGCUCACCAACGACCUGGACGGCGCCGGCAUCCCGUUCCUGGACUACCGCACCUACGCCAUGCGUGUGCUCUUCCCGGGGAUCGAGGACCACCCGGUGCUCAAGGAGAUGGAGGUGCAGGCCAACGUGGAGAAGUCACUGACGCUAUUCGGGCAGCUGCUGACCAAGAAGCACUUCCUGCUGACCUUCAUCCGCACGCUGGAGGCCCAGCGCAGCUUCUCCAUGCGGGACCGCGGCAAUGUGGCCUCGCUCAUCAUGACGGCCCUGCAGGGCGAGAUGGAGUACGCCACGGGCGUGCUCAAGCAGCUGCUGUCCGACCUCAUCGAGAAGAACCUGGAGAGCAAGAACCACCCCAAGCUGCUGCUGCGCCGGACGGAGUCAGUGGCCGAGAAGAUGCUGACCAACUGGUUCACCUUCCUUCUGUAUAAGUUCCUCAAGGAGUGCGCAGGGGAGCCGCUCUUCAUGCUCUACUGCGCCAUCAAGCAGCAGAUGGAGAAGGGCCCCAUUGACGCCAUCACGGGCGAGGCGCGGUACUCGCUGAGCGAGGACAAGCUCAUCCGGCAGCAGAUUGACUACAAGACGCUGACCCUGAACUGCGUGAACCCUGAGAAUGAGAACGCGCCUGAGGUGCCAGUGAAGGGGCUGAACUGUGAUACGGUGACGCAGGUCAAGGAGAAGUUGCUGGACGCCGUGUACAAGGGCGUCCCCUACUCCCAACGGCCCAAGGCUGGGGACAUGGACCUGGAGUGGCGGCAGGGCCGCAUGGCCCGUAUCAUCCUGCAGGACGAGGAUGUCACCACCAAGAUCGACAACGACUGGAAGAGGCUCAACACGCUGGCGCACUACCAGGUGACAGAUGGGUCCUCGGUGGCCCUGGUGCCCAAGCAGACGUCUGCCUACAACAUCUCCAACUCGUCCACCUUCACCAAGUCCCUCAGCAGAUACGAGAGCAUGCUGCGCACGGCCAGUAGCCCCGACAGCCUGCGCUCGCGCACGCCUAUGAUCACACCCGACCUGGAGAGCGGCACCAAGCUGUGGCAUCUGGUCAAGAACCACGACCACCUGGACCAGCGCGAGGGCGACCGCGGCAGCAAGAUGGUCUCGGAGAUCUACCUGACGCGGCUGCUGGCCACCAAGGGCACGCUGCAGAAGUUCGUGGACGACCUGUUUGAGACCAUCUUCAGCACGGCGCACCGCGGCUCGGCCCUGCCUCUGGCCAUCAAGUACAUGUUCGACUUUCUGGAUGAGCAGGCCGACCAGCAUCAGAUCCACGACGCGGACGUGCGCCAUACCUGGAAAAGCAACUGCCUGCCCCUGCGCUUCUGGGUGAACGUGAUCAAGAACCCGCAGUUCGUGUUCGACAUCCACAAGAGCAGCAUCACGGACGCCUGCCUGUCGGUGGUGGCCCAGACCUUCAUGGACUCCUGCUCCACGUCGGAGCACAAGCUGGGCAAGGACUCGCCCUCCAACAAGCUGCUCUACGCCAAGGAUAUUCCCAACUACAAGAGCUGGGUGGAGAGGUACUACGCUGACAUAGCCAAGAUGCCCGCCAUCAGCGACCAGGAUAUGAGCGCCUACCUGGCCGAGCAGUCGCGGCUGCACCUGAGCCAGUUCAACAGCAUGAGCGCCUUGCACGAGAUCUACUCGUACAUCACCAAGUACAAGGACGAGAUCCUGACGGCCCUGGAGAAGGAUGAGCAGGCACGGCGGCAGCGGCUCCGCGGUAGGCUGGAGCAGGUGGUGGACACCAUGGCCCUGAGCAGCUGAGCCCCUGGCCCAACCGCCUGGCCAGCGGCAGUGAGUGAGAGGACCCUGGUGGCGGCCUCCACCCAGCAGCCAAAGCUGGGAGGUCCACGGAGGCAGCCUUGCCUGCUGUGCCGGGGUCCUGCGCUGGGGCCAGGUGUGUGGCCCUGGCCCCUGGCCCCCGUGUCCCCUUCCCGCCUGUGGGGUCCCGGCUCUUCUUGGUGUGGGUGAGGCGGUGUCUGCAGCCCUCCCCGUGCUCAGAGCUGUUUGCAGGGGGCCGGGGAGCCCAGGUGUGGCCCGGCCCCCUCAGGACAGCAGGGGGCUGCCGAGGCCAGCGGGCCAGGCCUGGGGCUGGGCGGGCCGCUGUGCCCGCCUCCUGGGCAGAAUCUGAGGGCUGGGCCUGGCUGGCGGCCUGGGUGGGGAGGCAGCACGCCCAGGGCCCCUCUGCGGGGAGCUGAAGUCAUCCUGGGUCAGCGCCACCCACCUGCCACGUCCCGGCGUCCCACCACCGCCGCCAUCCUCGAUUCACCGCGUGCUCUCCGCGGUCGAGGCCGGAGCGCCGCGUCGACCUCGCCCAGAGAGAGGCCCCCAGCUCCCUCCUAUGGAGGGGCUGCAGGACGGCUCCACGCAGGGCCCAGGUGACUUCUGGAAGGACUCGGGUCCCCUUCUGUCCUCAGGGCUGUGCCUCUGGGAGCCACUGGGGCCUGGGGCUCUGGGCUGUGAGUGCACGUUCCCCUUAUUUAUUCCCCCCUGAAACCUGCCCUGCCCCGGGCUGAGCUCUCUGCUGUGGAGGGCCCCGGAGCCGCCCUGAUCAGCCUCCUGCCCACCCCCCCAGCCUCCCACCUGCCUUCCCGCGGCUUCAGUGUGGCCCCUCAGCAGCGUGCUGGCCCCUUGGAGGGGGGGCACUUGGGGGACGUUGCUCGUUUUUUAGGGGAACAGGGGAGUCCUGCUGUGCGUGGACAGCUGGAGCUGUGGGGGCCUCGGACUGUACCCAGUGGCCUGGCCAGGAGCAGGAUGCAGUGACCAGAGGGCUUGGAGGUCGGGGCUGCCCACCCUGCCCUCAGCUAGCAAGAGUACACAUUUUUAAUUAAAAAACCUGUACAUAUAUAUACAUAUAUAUAUAUAUAUAUAUAUAUGUGGCUCUGCCUGUCUCCAGCCCCAGUGGGGUCCUGUACAGUUAACUGGAGGAGGAGGAAUUUUACAAUUUAGAGUAUGAGCCGAGGCACCGGGACAGCUGAGCCAAAUGGGCGUGGCCGGCGUGGCCAGCGUCUCCUGCUGGAGCGCCCGGUCUCCGCGUCCACCUGCGGGGCAGCCUGUCUCCGUGUUGACGUGAGGACAGACUGCUCGGCCGAGAGCUUCCCGGAGGCAGGCCGUGGAUUCCUGCAUGACUGUGCUAGCGUUUAGUAUGACUUGAUCUUUUUAAAACUGCAAGUGUUGAAUACUAGAGGUUGUUAGGCCCCUUUUUUCAUGUUUUUUAAUUAAUCAGUCACUUGUGAAGGCAGUGGCCCGUUCCCUUUUCAAUUCACUUUUUCGACGGUACUACAGAUCUCCGCGGACUUUUAAGGGACAGCUAACUGUGGCCGGCCCCGCGCCUUCCCCGAUGCGGCGUGAGCCCGCCCAAGAGCCUCCGUCAGCUGAGCAGCUGCUCCCCCGCGGGAGGAGGGGUGAAGUCCGCCACCUCCUGACUCAGGAAGCUCCUGGAACUGGGGGUCAGAGGCCCCCAGGCCCCACGGGCGCUGAGCAGGGCUCGGGCCCCCACGCGGUGGGUGUCCAGAAGGCGCUCAGGUCAGGGAGGCGCCGGUUCCUGUGUGUGGGCCUCUCCCCCCGAGUCUUCCCUGAGGCUGCUUCUGAUCGAAGCCCCCGUUCUUCCAGCCCCACUCCGGCCAGGGGGCUCCUUGGCCCCCAGCACCGCCCUCUUCGGAAUCCAGUCCCCACCCCCUCCCUAGCCCUCCCUGGUCCUCGCGCCCGCCGUGCGGUCGGGUUGGCAGUCCGGGCGGUGGGGAUGCAGGAGUGGGGAGCCGCCAGCGCUGCCCGGCGCGGCAGAGCACACAGGCGGGUCGGGGCGAGCACUUUAGCGCUGUCUGUUUACACGCGAGCCAAUCACCGACCUGAACCUGCCGUCCACCGGCAGCACGGCCGCACCUCCUUCCCCGGGCAGGAGUCAGGCCGAAUCCUCGGCCUGCUCGGCCUGUCUCGCCCUUGGCACCUCCAUGUCCUCCGGCCCGGCACUCUGACUCCGAGCCCAGCUCUGGCCUGAGGGCAGCCAGGGCACGGAAUGGAGCCCUGCUCUGUGCAGAGGCGGCCCCGGGGGCCCCUCUGCAGUCCUGUGGCCGGGGGGCUGGGCCAGAACGCCUGUCUGCCGGGACUCUGCUGCUACUGCCUGCUGCCCUGGGUUGCCUCCCUCGCUCUCGCCCGCACGCCUCUCAGGAGCGCCAGGGAUGGCUCGGCCACGGUCGGGAGCCUGGCCUCUCCAUAUACCUCGAGCUUGCCCACACUCCUUGACCCGGGCCCGGCCAGGCCCACGGGAGAGGCCCACCACCCCUGCUUUGCCCUUGCUGAGCGAGCCCUGCCUGGCUCUCCCCCCCAGUGCUGGAGCUGAGAGCUCACGCCGUUGGUGCUACACAAGCUAGAAUAGAUAUAUUUAGAGAGAGAGAUAUUUUUAAGACGAAGCCCACAAUUAGCUGUCCUUUAACGCCGCAGAGCCCCCACCCAAAAGAAGAGCAAUCGCUCGGCGGCCUGAGUGGCCCCUCAGUUGCUGCCUCUCCCAGGGGCGGCGUGGCUGACGGCGCUAGGCUUGCAGGUUGUGUAAAUACACGGCUAUUUCCUAUUUUACUGUCUCAGAUUUAGUACUUGUAAAUACACACACAUUAAGGAGAGUAAACAUUUUUGCUAAAA